AUGGCAGCAUAUCUUUAUCCCAAGGAAGAAGACCCUGGAGGCGCUUUCUCUUGGUGGCUUCAGCCUUGUGGCGGAACAAACUUGGUUCCGGAAGACAUCAAAAAAGUAUACGACAUAUUGAGCAACUCGCCUGCUGGAAGAGACCGAUUCGAGAAGAAGAAGAAAUCGGAUAACCUCAAACAAGGUAGUGGCAAAAAGGGUGACGACAAUAACCCCACUGAUAGAAAGAUCCAAAAGGGGCGGAAGUGCAGGGUUCCACCAGCAAAAUCAACCAUGCGACUUGGGGCUGCUAAAAACACAUUGAGGAUACAAUCUUGUGUCAACGAUGCGACAAGGAAGAAUGAUUUAGUUGUAACAUCGGUUGUCUACGCACCCAACGCCAAGCCGACUGUUGUGGAGAGAGAAUGUAGCCAAAAAUGGUCUCAAGCUUGCUUCCAUUAUAGUUCGGCUAUCAAGGUCAAUCCGCAAUGGGCUACCUUAACUUGUCCGCCUGAAGCCGCGGCAACGGCGUGGCGCUUAGAUGCAGAAGCUGUGCCAGCCUUCCAGAAGCAACAUAAAGGCGAUAGAUGGCUGGAUGAAGUCAAAUCGAACCCUAAUAAGGUAGAUUGCGACAAAGACGAAUACCCACCUGCAUAUCUUAUAGGACCACAGGACCCAGCCCGCCUCAAUUCUGGUAAAAAUGCACAGGGACAACUAAUUCGUCUAAUCCCAGGAGGAAUGAAUCGAGGAGCAGGACAUAUGUGGAAAGGAAUAUGUCUUGGUGCCGCCAUCGAAGACAUGAAGGACUCCGAAUUCAAGGCCAAAGUCGACGCCGAUCCCAACAAGAAGACCGUCAUACAAGGCGGCGUGACAAGAACUCAGGCCGCUAUCACGGCUACAGUUCGGCCAGAAUUUACCAUUAACAAAUGGGGGCAUGCUGCCAACCCACCGGCGAACGAUGGUCUGGAGCUCAAUACUUGUUGGCCAAACAAUAUUGCUGCGGGCGACCCAGGCUUUGCCUUGUUAACAUUUGAUCCAUACUACAACACCCACCCGCGACUAUACAAUUACAGUUUACCAUAUGUCAAAGGUUCGAAUGGUUCCUGA